AUGAAUCACCUAAGAAGAUCUCUUUGUCAAUUAUCAUCUCACCAUUUCCAUCUGCGACCGUCCAUUGCACCUCUCGUUGCGAAGCGGUAUAUAGGAAUUCCACCCGGCUUUCUGCUCGAUGAAUAUAUCCCACGCUACCAGCUGCUCACAUCCAUAGAUGCUUCGAAGAAACGCUCUCUCGCCUAUGCACAUCUACGGGAAUGCAACUUAUGUCCACGCCGUUGCGGAGUAAACCGGUACGAACAAACCGGGGUAUGUCUCAUCGGCGCUGAGACAGUCAAGGUCAACACGAUCGCACCACAUCGUGGAGAGGAACCAUGUAUUCAGGGAUUCAAUGGUAGUGGCUCCAUUUUCUUUUCAGGAUGCAACCUGCGCUGUGUGUUCUGCCAGAAUCAUGACAUCGCCCACCAACGAAAUGGCUUCGACUUAACUCCUGAAGAACUAGCGGAUUGGUUUAUGAAGCUUCAACAAGUUGGUAACUGCCAUAAUAUCAACCUAGUUACGCCGGAACAUGUUGUGCCGCAGGUUGCACUCGCGAUUCUGACGGCGCGCGAUAUGGGUCUCAAUAUUCCUAUUAUUUACAAUACGUCGUCAUUUGAUUCCCUCGAGUCUCUCGAGUUACUAAAUGGCCUGGUUGAUAUUUACUUGCCUGAUUUCAAGGUGUGGAGGAAUAGUACGUCGAAGCGGUUGCUCAAAGCCGAAGAUUACACUAAGACGGCGAUGGAGAGUAUAAAGGCCAUGCAUAAACAGGUCGGCGAUUUAUGUUUUACUUCAGAUGGGAUUGCUAAGAAGGGCGUCUUACUACGACAUUUGGUAAUGCCUGGCAAGGAGGACGAGGGUCGAGAGAUUAUGCGCUGGUUGGCUGAAAAUGUGUCCAAGGAUCUCUAUGUGCAUAUUAUGGAGCAGUAUCACCCGGAUGCACAUGUAGGGAAAAGGAAACGAACAACGAGGAAUGCAAAAGGCGAUGAAGAGAUUGAAGUGCGGUAUGCAGAAAUCAACCGCGCGAUCCGCGAUGAUGAGCUCAGUUGUGUCAGGGAUGCUGCCGUUGCAGCUGGGCUUUGGAGAUUUUGUGAGGCGAAUGAGGAUAGCUCCAUGUUUCAUCUGUGA